AUGUUUUCAAGGCUCCACGUCGAAAAGCACGGUUCGAAAAGUAAUUCCUUCGACACGCUCAAGGUGGAAACGCUGGCCAAACUGGACGAAGGCCUCGAGUCGCUCAAGUUCCUCCAGCGGCUGGGCGAAGUGCAGAUGAGCGAGCCGCAGUUCAGCGCCCUCCUCCAUGUCUGCAACGACUUCUUGUGGACUAAGACCACCAUCGAGCGGGCCUUCCGGAAGUACCCGCGCAGCAGCGCGUCCAACGCGGACAAGAGGAUGUUCCGCGAACUGCUCAUCCUGCUCUACAAGUACGUCACCAAGAGCAUCAUCAUGCUGCUCACGCAGGUCGCCAUCCGAUGUCCGCAGAACGCCACCGCCGAGCUGGGUCACGUGCUCGAACUGUUGCUCAAGAGCGUCCAGAACGCGGCCCACCACGAGUGCCUGCACCCGACGCAAAGCAAGUUUGCGGUCAUGAGCGUUCGCCUGCUGUCCAAGGCGCCGCGGCCCAAGGACGCCGAUGUAGAGUUCGCUACGGUCAUGAAGGCAAUGAGGAAGGAACUGGCCCAGCGCAAGAACACUAUCAAGGCCAGCUCGUGGCUGUCGCUUAGUAUGAAGCGGUGA